AUGGCACUUGAGGCGCCCCUGAGGUCAUCAACAGGAAGUGUCACCUCGAUAUACUCGCCGUACGCAGACAUGUCGUUCUCCACCGGGCCCGAGUCGCCCGCCCUAUCCUCCCAGUAUAUGGCUUCUUCGUCGAGGCCCGAUUCUUCCCAGUCGUUACGUCCACAUUCCUUCGUCAGGCCAAGCUCGGCUCACCUGAUGAGCCCGAGUAGUGACAUUGUUGGGCCCUCCCCCGUAACAUCAAACGGGACCGAGACCACAGAGAUUGAGGAUGAGGCGGCCGAGAACGCCGAGGCAGAAAAUGGCCAUGUGCGGCGUUCGCUCAUGAUGUUACGGACGAAUAUCCCUGAUGACCUUCGAAGGCCCCUGAGCGAAGAGGUUGUCUCAGUAAUACAUGCGCCACCGAGCUUCGAACAUUGGUCCAGUGAGACCGCUUCGAAGUCGACGCUUUCUAACUCGGCGAGCGGUACCAGCGCCGAAGGCACCAGCACCAGCAGUCCUCCGCCCAGCGAGCCGUCAACAGUCACGCCUCCAAGUCAGCCACCACCCACAGUCAACACCAAGGUCAAGCCAGUGACGUUCGGAUUGGACGCCCCAACCCCGCAGGCGCAAAAGCUGGAGGAUGUACUUGCAAGCGACUCGUCAAAAGUGCGGUCAAGCACAGCCAGCAGUUUAGAGCUGAUACCUGAGACGCACGAAGCCGACGGCGACGACGACUACGAUGACGCCGACGUAUUCAGGGACCCAACACUUGGCCAGGAUAGCGAGGUCAAAGCGCUCAAGGCCGCUCUCGAGGAGUGCUGGACGCUGUGUAACACACUUGCUAACCUGAGCUCGAUUCACCGAGAGCGCGUCUUCAACAGUUCAGGGACACCAGAUGCUCACGAGAAGGCCUGGAAGAGCUGUUGGAAGCUCUGCAAGCGGCUCUAUCAGAGCAGAGACGACAUCUCCGAGUCGUACGGUGUUCGGACCAACCUGGACCUAUGCCGAGACUUCUGCCAGGCAUUGUUCGAUGUGCGGCAAAAGAAGGACGAGACGGCCGAUUCCAUCCUGAGAGUCAGCUUUGAGCUCAAUAACCACCUCUAUAGUGCGCAAGAUAGCCGCUCGCUCCCCGAGGCAUUCAGAGAGCGGACCUUGGACUUCUACAUCACGCUCUGUCACCGACUGAUGAAGCAACGCAGUGAUCUAGCCGAAGAGACAGAUUCGCUUCUUCGAGCAUGCUGGUCGCUCGCCGAGAUGCUCUUCAGUCUCCGACAGAAUCGGCGAGACGGCAAGGCGCCCGACGAAGAGCUGCUUGGCUCGGCCGUGCAGGCAUGUUGGGAGCUCUGCGAUAUCUUCCGCGAGGGUUGGACCCAGAUCCGGCCAGAUCGCGGGACUCCGAGGCCGAACCAGAUCAAUUUCUUUGCCGCCGGUCCUCCUUACGGCCUCCAAGCUAUGAGCAGUCAUCAAUCCGACGCCACGCGAUCCAAUGCUGGUAGCCGUGCGUCGCUGCACUCGAAACGCGAGAGUCUCCGCAGCCUCGCCGAUAUCGAGCGGCCGCGGCCACAUCCCGUCGUUCCCGAGACUCCUGUCACCGAGUUCGAAGACACACCCAUGUCGCCCGACGCUAGUCCGCAGAUGCCCAACAUCUUGGUUCUCGGCACGUCAACCGACUCUCGAAGCGACCGUGGCGGCGGCCGCUGGUCAAGCAACGCGUCGAACCUGUCGGGCUACAGUCAAAGCAGUCAGCAUACUUCCAGCACAGCCACUACGGCCGCCACUGUCGAGGACAUCAACAUCACGCGCAUCAAGGCGCUCAUCGUCAAGGCCGCCAUGAAUAUCGGUUUCAACCGCGACGCAGCCUCUGCCAAUGGAACUGGCGGUGCCGCCUCCCUGCAGAACUUUGUGAAGGGUCUGCCCACGGGCUCCUUCGGCUCGCUGCCCGCUCAUGCGACGCUGCUCCAGAAUUACAAGAACCUUGUGCUUAACGACACGUCGUUCAGAGCCUCGGGCAGUCUUCCCGUUCGCGGAAAGCGUUUCACUGCUGUUGAGAUCUCCAAGAGCGUUGGGUGGAUGAUGGCUCGCUCUGGUCAAUACGGCUUUCUACGGGAUCUCUUCCGCCUGGUCUUUGGGACCCAGCCCGAGGAUGCCGAGACGAGGAAGAAUAUGUCAAUCACCGUGUAG